AUGGAUGUCGUGUCUGUUGUCGGAGAUACCGAUGGUGCCGGCACACCCGUCCGCGGAGGCGAACUUUGUGUGGAGGAGUGCCUGCAGGUCUGGAUGUGUAGUGCAAGCAAAGCGCCGUGCCAGGGCUUGCGCUGCAGAAGUAGCACUUGCGGAGAUGUUGCGAUGGCUGGUUUCACGAAAUCUGCCGUCGAGGAUUCAGAUGCUCUUGCUGUGGCAGUGAAGAAGCACUGCCAGAGCAAGCUCGAUGCUGUAAAUGCUCAGCUCGAUGCGGUCUGGUGUGGACUUCUCCAGCAGGUGGCUCAGGCAGAGUUCGUCGCAACGGUCGCAGAGGCUAUAAAGACCAGAAGUGUCCUACGCCUUAUCGAUGCCACCGUGCGCUUGAACUCCGCUGGCACCCCCGUCUCAGAUCUUCUGCAACGCUUGGCCUUCCAGGCCAGUGUUUUAGAGGAGGCGGGGCUGGUAUGGAAAUCCAUCAUGGACGCCGUCCUGGAGCGAAAGGCCGAGGAUGUUGAGCUUUGGGCAGAGCAGGCGAAGCUCGCAGGCGAAAGUGUUGAGAUGGAGCUGGCCUUUGCGCAGAGCCUGCGCCAAGCCGAAGAGAGCAGCAUGCACUCCUUUUCAAAAGCUUCCACUUGCAGCGAUACGAGCUUGACGGAAGUGGGAGUUGACGAAGGUGACGAAGUCAGGACGACGGCAACUAGGCCGUCGCGUCCCAGCUGGCGUGCCACGAAGGUGAACAUCUCUUCCAAAGACAACCUCAAGGGAAAAGUGCCGGAGUUUGACAGCUUCUUGUUUCAGGAGUCGGAUUCGGCGGAAGUGCCUCCGGAGGCUGCGCAGUCCUGGGAAUCCAGCACGACGCAUCCUCACUCUCCGCCAGAGUCCGCAUCGCCCGACCUUUCUCCUCAGCCGUCUUGGCGGAGGGCUGAGGAGUUUCGCCCCGAUGCCCCGAGAGCCCGUCCUCCCGCACCGUAUCGAGCGGCAGGGGUGGACUUGGACCAUCCAGUGUUCCAAGCAUCACACGGUGCUGGCACGGCAGAGAGGCCGACGGGGAUGAAAGGCGCCUCGUCGACGCCGACCUUCGCAGCUGCGUCCAUGUUCCCACGCUUUGCCGCAUACGAGGCCCAGUUCCACAAGGCCGACGACGGCCAGGCGCCUCGACCACGGCAGCGGCCAUCGAGCGCUCCGGGCCUAAGGACUUCCGCUAGCUUCACCGCGGAUAAGCGAAGCUCCGCGGAACCUUUGCGGCAACCGGGUCCGGAGGUAACGCGGCCAUCGAGUGCGCACGGGCCAACAUCGGGAACAAGGAAUUCCCACAAGCCUCCGCCACACACGCCGUCCGCCAAUUUGUCGCCCUCCUGGGUGCAAAGAUGGAAGACUUGGAUGCGCUUUACGGGUACGAUUCCGGGCGAGGAGGAGUUGCGAGCUGGCAGCAAACGUUCUCAGAGCAGCGCAUCCUCGCAGCCACGGAGCCGUGCAGACAGUGGGGCUUCUGGGGCCUCCUCCAUGCCGGCGAGUUGGUGGUCCCGGCGGUCUGAGUUCCACGAGCGGACUCAGGACACCUGGGACCGACCGCGGCCCGGGCAAAGGGAGAAGCCCACGCAGGCGCAGGCGAAAGCAAAGCCCAGCUUCGAGAGAAGAGACUCUUUUGAUGAGAGUAUGCCGCGCUCCAGGGGCAGCCGAAGCAAGGAGUCUUCCAAUACGGCCGGGUCCCGUCCACCUCUGCUCAAGGCCGACAUGCGCGAGAAGCACUUGGUGCCCUGA